GCCGCCCUGGUCGCCCUCCGCCGCGCCCCGUCGGAAGCCUGCGUAGUGCGGGGGGCGGCCGCGCGGCUCUCCCUCCUCCUGAGGACUCCGGGGAUGCCGGGGAGAGUGCCGGGUCGCGCCUCCUGGCCUGCUUGGCGUCACGGGGUGGAGUGAGGGCGGAACGGGGAAGGGCUCCGGCCGACGCUUCUGUCUCCGGGGGAAUAUCUCGCCUCCGGAGACCGCCUGGUUGGCAGCUCGGCUACGCCCGAGUGUGCGCCCCGGGGCGUGGCGCGGAGGCGCCGUCGCUCAGCCCAGCCGCUCCCCGACUCGAGCCGGCAGUGCCAGCCAGCAGCAUGAGCAAGACCCACCGCGUCGCCAUUGAAGGACCGGGGCCCUGGGGCUUCCGCCUGGUCGGGGGCAAAGACUUCGACCAGCCGCUGACCAUCUCCAGGGUGACGCCUGGCAGCAAAGCUGCCAUUGCCAGUCUGUGCAUUGGAGAUGUAAUCAUGGCAAUUGAUGGGGAAAACACGGAGAACAUGACUCACUUAGAAGCACAGAACAAAAUCAAGGGCUGCACAGAUGAACUGACCCUGACUGUGGGCAGAACUGAAUCAAAGAUAUGGUCACCACUGGUUACUGAGGAAGGGAAGACAAACCCAUACAAGAUGAAUCUGGCUUCCCAGCCACAGCAGCUGCCUCUGCAAUAUCAGCGUGCUGUCAGUGUGCCGUAUCAGCCUUUAAAAUUGUCUACCCACUCACCCAGUACUUGGUCGUCCACUGGUGGGUUCAAGGCUCCCUUUGCAUCUGUCUAUGACCCUCUCCAGACACUUCCCGCCUCCUGCUUGCAGAGGAGGCACAGUACCUCGUCCAUCCCAAAUCAGAUCAGAGUGGGUCCAGAACAGCUCAAGGAGGUUGCUCAGAUCUGUCCCCAUAGCCCUGUGGAGGUGGAGAUGCCUGGACUCAAAGUACGGCACAUACAGUUUAACUCUCCUUUACAGCUCUAUUCACAGAAAAACAUCCUGGAUUCUUUGCAGGGACAGAUCUCUUCCAUUAGCCCCACUUGCCCCAGCUUGGACUCUCUUAGCCAGCUCUCAAGUAACUUGGUCAUUGACAAGGACUCUGAGGUUUACAAGAUGCUGCAGGAGAACCAAGAUUCCAAUGAGCCACCGAGACAAUCUGCCUCGUUCCUUGUGCUCCAAGAAAUUUUGGAAUCUGAAGAGAAAGGGGACCCCAAUAAGCCUUCUGGAUUUCGAAGUGUAAAAGCCCCAACAACCAAAGUAGCAUCAUCCAUUGGAAACUCCCAGAAACUUCCCAUCUGUGAUAAAUGUGGAUCUGGCAUUGUAGGGGUGUUUGUGAGGCUUCGAGACAAGCAUGUCCAUCCAGAGUGCUACGUGUGCACCGACUGUGGGACAGACCUGAAACAAAAAGGGCACUUCUUUGUAGAGGAUUCUAUCUACUGUGAGAAGCAUGCCCGGGAACGCGUAACUCCACCGGAAGGAUAUGAAGUGGUCGCUGUGUUUCCAAAAUGAAUGUUUCAAUGCGUUAAAUGUUCCAGCAGGAGCCAGUCUUCCUUUGCAGACCCAAAAGCUCAGCACGCCUUUUGCAGUCAGUGGGUGUUUGUUGGCUGCCACUCAAUACCACUAAAUCAUGAAACAGCUGCAACUUUUAGAGAACUCUGCUCAAUCUGGGGGAAUACCCUUCUUGCUGACACAACUCUUCCUUGUGCCUUUCUCAAAAGAAAUUGCCAAAAUCAGACCACAGAGCUGAAUGACCAUACUUUCCAUCUGUUCUUUUUUUUCAAUAAAGUGGUUGAUUUGAAGAUGUGUCUACAUUUA